AUGUCCGACGAGAAAGAGCAGCGCAACGCAGAGUCACACAAUGGCGCAUCACAGGCCGCAAACGCACCUCAGACGGGCGGCGAGACGAACGAGAAGGCCAACAGCGCGGCGGACACCACCAGUGAACAGCAUGGCAGCGACGAUAAGCCGCAACCGAGCUCGGCCUCGUCUGCAGAAGAUAAGCCUCCAGCGAAACAGCCCUCAGGCGGGUACGACAGCACGCCUAUACCAGUACAGCCCAGAGGAUACACCGUGAAGUUCACGAUUCACCGCGCGGAAAACCUCCCAAUAGCCGAUCUGAAUGGCUUCUCUUCUGAUCCCUAUUGUCUGGCUCAGAUCAAUUGCGAUACCCCGACACGACACAAGCAGGACCCAUGCCUUCGAUGGAGGACGCCGACAGUCAGGAAGGAUACAGAGCCGACGUGGAACGAGUCGUGGAUUGUCGCGAACUUGCCGUCCACCGGCUUUAAGAUUAAGAUAAGAAUAUAUGAUGAGGACGCUGCGGAUCAGGACGAUCUGCUUGGAAAGGCACAUAUUACGAUUCCGUCUCUCAAUGAGACCUGGGAGGGAAUCAAGGAGCAGGGUUUCAAGCUGCGUGUACACGAUGGAAGUAAGAGAGCCUACGCGUUCCACGCUUUGACAACCUGCAUGCGAGCGAAUAAGCACUUUCGCGGAUAUCUCUACGUCAGCAUGGAAAUGCUGGGUCGGACGGAGGAAGAUGGACAACAUGGCCGAGUCUACACCGUUGGGCCUUGCAUGGCGACACGGCAUUUCAGUCCCAUGCUCGGCCGUCUUGUUAAUCCCGAGGAACCGGUCUCCAGCAGUGGCCAGAAGCAGAAGAAAGUCGAGCGCUUCAAUUUCCAAGCCAAUCAAUUCCAACUCCAAGGGCCCAUCCCUCCCGAACUCUACCAUCGCUUUGUCGAAUUCAAACCCUGGGUCGGCAGGAUGUUCACCAGCAAAGGCAUCUCCGGCUUCCUCAUGGGCAAAGCCCUCCGGCAUCAACACACCCGCGUCUACAACUACUCCCGCUCCACCAUCUGGCAUCGCUUCCCAGCCGGGCCUUCCAAAGACAUGACCAUGGCCUUCCUCGACGCCGUACACUGGGACCACGGCGGCCGCAUCUUCACCUACGUCCUCACCCUCGACGCUCUCUGGCGCUUCACGGAAACCGGCAAAGAAUUCGGAAUCGACAUGUUGUCCAAACACACCAUGCACAGCGACGUCUCCGUAUACAUAGCAUAUUCCGGGGAGUUCUUCAUCCGCCGCUUGAAACAUCCCCGUCGUCCACCACCCCCUGAUCCAGUCGAGUCGUCCUCGCAAUCUCAUCCCCUAACCCACGAAGACAACCCCGAACACCCACCCGCUCGCCUGAGGAACGACUCCCACUCCUCCACAAAAUCCCUCAAAGACCCCCGCUACUACGAACUCGUCAUCGACAACGACAGCGGCACUUACCGCCCCAACGCCUCCCUCCUCCCCAUCUUAAAAUCCUACCUCGCGCACCAACUCCCAGGUCUCCACAUCCUCACUCUCGACUGCAACGCCGACGCCGAAAAACAACAAAAGAUGAAAUCCGAGCAACGCGCCAAGAAAGCCCAGUCUGGCCAAACCAUGGUCUUCAAGCAGGGUUCCGGAUCGAGGAGUAGCUCGUUUUCGAGUAGUGAUGAUGAGGAAUUCGAUGCACUGCAGGCCGCACUGAUGGAUGAGGAUGCGAUUGCGAGGGAACAUGGGCCGAUGAGUGCGACUGCGAAGGAUGCGAGGAGGAGGAAUCGGGAACGGUUGGCGAAGGCGAAGAGGAAUUAUCUGCCGAGGUUGGAGGGGGAGGCGGCAAGGGCGGGGAGUGUGGAGGAGGUUAGGAGGGAGGGUGGUGGAGGAAGGUGA